GGUGCGGUUCGGGCAGGGGGGGACGCUGAUCGGGUUAGUCGGAGUUCUCGCUAACAGGAAGAAAAAAAAAAGGGCAGGACGGGCGCAGUGUUGAGGAACCCGAGCUCCGAGUUAAAGAUCCUGACCUGCACUGGACCUGAAGGUGCUCCAUCAUGGCUCUGUCCUUCAAGAAAGAUCUGGAGAAGUACAAGGAGAUCGAUGAGGAUGAGAUCCUCGACAAGCUCUCGGAGGAGGAGCUGAAGCAGCUGGAGAGCGCUCUGGAGGAGAUGGACCCUGAGAAUGCUUUGCUGCCGGCGGGGCUGAGACAGAAGGACCAGACGGAGAAGGGGGCGACGGGGCCGUUCAACCGGGACAAGCUGCUGCAGUACCUGGAGAAACAGGCGCUGGACCAUAAGGACCGGGACGACUACGUGCCCUUCACUGGAGAGAAGAAAGGGAAGGUGUUUGUGCCUAAACAGAAACCACUGGAGGCCCACAAGGAGGAUGUGACGACCCUUGACCCGGAACUGGAAGAAGCUUUAUCUGCUGUUACUGACACCGAGCUGUCCGACCUCGCAGCUAUCCUGGGAGUCCACACCCUCGUGACGAGCUCACAGAGCUACGACGGGACAUCCAGCUCAGAUGGACACAACAAUGUAAUUAAAGGAGAAAAAGUGAAGCCAGUUUUUGACGAACCGCCAAACCCGACUAACGUGGAGGAAACGCUGCAGAGGAUAAAGAGCAACGACCCCAAACUCACCGAGGUCAACCUCAACAACAUAAAGAACGUUCCCAUCCCCACACUGAGAGACUUCGCCAAAGCCAUGGAGAAGAACACACACGUCAAGAAGUUCAGUCUCGCAGCGACACGCAGUAACGACCCCAUCGCCGUGGCGUUUGCAGACAUGCUGAGAGAGAAUAAGACGCUAAAGAGUUUAAACCUGGAGUCGAAUUUUAUCACUGGUUCUGGAGUUCAGGCGCUCGUGGAGGCUCUGAGGGACAACGACACACUCUCUGAGAUCAAGAUCGAUAAUCAGAGGCAGCAGCUGGGCACUACAGUGGAGAUGGAGAUCGCUAAAAUGUUGGAGGCGAACACCAGCAUAGUUAAAUUCGGGUAUCACUUCACUCAGCAGGGACCACGAGCUCGAGCGGAGGCAGCUAUCACCAAGAACAACGACCUGGUGCGGCGGAGGCGUGUGGAGAGAGACGUGUAGUGUGACCAAACCCCCCCAAAUCUCGGGGCAGAGUGCUGUGCCAGUGCUCAUUGUGUGUGUGUGUGUGUGUGUGUGUGUGUGUGUGUGUGUUCAGCGUCGAUCCUGAACGAGGGACAGAACUGGAACCCCCCCCUCCCUCCGUUCAGCUCUACUCAUCACACCGUCAAUGUUCUCGUCGUCUCUGUAUUAUUAAUAUUAUAAAUCAGUUACACACACACACACACACACACACACACACACACACACACACACUUUCACAUCACCCAAGCCAGGCUCUCUCACCUGUGUGUGUGUGUGUGUGUGUAAGACCAUGUGUUCAGAGCAGCACCUGAAAUAAGAGUUUGUUUUUUAUGCAAAUGAGCUCCGAUCUCAUCCACGUGAUUGGCUCCUGGAGAAUUUGUGUGAAGUCCAUAUAUGGGAUGAAAGUCCUGGACUUCUGUAGAGCUCAAACAAAAACAGCUGGAUAGACCACGCCCACCGGUGACAUCAGGGGUGUGUCACCAAUGUGAUUUCACAGGUGUGUGUGUGUGUGUGUGUGUGAGAGAGAGAGAGGGAGAGACAUACACUCAAGUUUAGAAUCAGAAUUAUAUCUCUGUCUGAUCUGUCGCUUUCUCUCAGUGAUCAGUGAGUCCAGUGUGUGUGUGUGUGUGUGUGUGUUCUUAUCAUGGAGUGUGUUCCUCUGGGACCUGAUUGCUUCACAUCCUGUAGACGGAGACACACCCCUGAUGAAAGUGUAUUCAGCUGUUCAGUAUUUAGUGUGUGUGUGUGUGUGUGUGUGUGUGUGUGUGGGCGGGAUCAUGUUUGUCCAGCUGUUUUGAUUCAAACUUUGCGUUGUCUGCGUGAGACAUAAUACAAAUAUCUUUAACACUUCCAAAAUCUAACACACACACACACACACACACACACACACACUGAUUACUGUAACUCCUGAAUAGUCAUGUUUCUAACCUGUGUGUUUCUAAACACUGCAGCAUGUCAUGUAUAGAUGAAGAUGUAAUUAUGAUUAUAAAUACAGUUAUAUUAGUGUAUCGUGUGUGUGUGUGUGUGAGAGAGAGAGAGAGUGUGUGUGUGCUCUAUACAAUAUUUACGCUGUACAUAUGAUAGAUGGUAUUAGUGUUUUAUUGAGCCUCAUCUUUAAACAUGCUGUGCUUCAAAACACACACACACACACACACACACACCCUUCACAGUCAUUCAGUGAGCACUUCCCUUUUCGAGGGCGUCCAUCUAAAAAUGAGCAGUUACCAUGACAACAUGCAAAGGGAUUACACUUACAGCACCAGAUUACAUCUCACACACACACACACACAUGGUUCAUGACUCUGGAUUCUCUGGUGUGUGUGUGUGUGUGUGUGUGUGUGUGUGUAUGAGAGAGAGUCACUGCGUCAGGUUUAGUGGACUUGAAUAUCAGCAUGUUGUAUUCAGACUGCAGGUGCAUGUUAACGCUCGGACCAAUUCAUUCCUUAUUAUUAUUAUUUUCUUUUGAUAUUGUAUCUUUUUUUUGUUUUGUUUUUUGUUUGUUUUUGUUUUUCCUUCUCUUCAGGAGAUCUCUCAUGGAGCCGUGUGCACCGUGUGUGUGUGUGUGUGUGUGUGUGUGAUGUCCUUUUAUUACCUGUAAACAGUUUCGUUCUGGAUCUGUGUCAUGUGUCCCAGGGCCUGUUGAUGGAAGUGUGUGUGUGUGUGUGUGUGUGUGUGUGUGUGGUGCCCGUGACUCAUGUUUUCUCAGCCUGUAAGAACUGUAUCUUUGUGUUUAUUAUAAAUCUCCAUCUCAUUAAAGCUGUGUAAGUGAAGAGCAGCUGUGAUACUGUACUGUUAUAAGGACACGACGCCGUGCCGCUGUAUACUGUAUACUCUCUCAAUAAACAUGUUUUACACCCUA